GCACGGAAAGCAAUGAUUGGCUGAGUCCGAAAAGUGCCGCCGCCUCGGCGAUUUCAGUUUCGGUUUCGCCCGGUGGGUCGGCGGAGGCCGGGCUUGUGGGGUGCCCGGAGUAGGGGUUCGGAUCCCGGCCGCGAGAUUUCUGAUCACGGUUGUUAAAAUGAGUCUGCGGAAGCAAACACCCAGCGACUUCCUGAAGCAAAUCAUCGGGCGACCAGUUGUGGUGAAAUUAAAUUCGGGAGUGGAUUAUCGAGGGGUCCUGGCGUGCCUGGAUGGCUACAUGAAUAUAGCCUUGGAGCAGACAGAGGAGUAUGUAAAUGGACAGCUGAAGAAUAAGUACGGGGAUGCAUUUAUCCGAGGAAACAAUGUGUUGUAUAUAAGUACGCAGAAGAGGAGGAUGUGAAGACACCAAGACACAGUACUUUUCAUACCGAGAUAUAUUUUUUAUCAAGUUUUUUGUUUCUUGUGUCAUAUAAUUUUUCCUAUUUUGUAAUAGUUGGUGAUUUUCCACUGACACAUAAUUGAGAUAAAUGUGUAAAAUUGUGGAUUUAAUUGUAAAGAGUUCUUUCAUAUUUAAGUUGCAGUCAUUUUUUUCCGUUUACCUCUAUGUCAGUGUGCAGAAAGGAAAAGAUUUUUUUUUUUAAGUGGAAAGAAAAUGUUUUUCUCCCUACACGGAGGUUUUCAAGCAAUGCCAUUUGAUCUGACUGCUUUGCUUGUGGGACUGACCGAAAUGAUGGACGUGAGGCUAAUUAAAACACUGUAGAGAUGGC